CUGUCGGUAUAAUUAGAGUGAUGUGUAUACCCCAAAGACAAGGUAGACGCAGAGAGGGUAUAAUAUUUGGUUCAAAAAAAGAAAUAGUCUCAAGGAAAAAAACAGAAGAGUUGACAAGAUAUCUGGGAAUAUGGGUAUCAGAGAAGGCCAAACAAAAGCAUAUAGAAGAAAUUAUAAAGAAAAAA